AUGAAGCGCCUCGCGCUGCUCCUCUGGGUCGCCCUCGCCUCCGGCGCCGCCGGCGACGAGGGCGCCGAGGAGGCCGACGAAAACGAGCCGGACGACGACAUCGACUACUGGGCGCGGGCCGUCGUCGCGGACCCGGGCCAGCUGCGCUGCGGGUCCGCCGAGUUCUACGACACCAUCGACAUGCGCUGCGCGCCCUGCGCCGACAUGGGCGACGACGCGCUCGUCGGCGACGGCCGCUACGCGGACGGCGCGGGCAACGCGCUCCGGUGCCGGUGCCCCGUCGGCUCGCGGCUGUUUUCGCUCGCCGAGGGCUGCGACGUCGACGGCCGGUGCGGCGCGCUGCGCUGCCUCCCCUGCGCCGAGACGAGCGCGAGCGACAACUCGGUGUGUCUCGCGUGCGACAACGCGACGACGACGGGCGUCGACGCGGCGACGGGCGACUGCGGCUGCGGCGGCCACCAGCGCCUCGUCGAGCGCGACUUCGGCGGCGCGCUCCUCGACGCCAAGACCUGCGUCGCCUGCGCGCCGGGGCUCUUCGUCACCAAGGGCGGCGGCGUCUUCGGGGGCGUCGCCUACGACGGCGACCGCUACGCGUGCCGGCGGUGCCCGGACCCGCGGAUGGCCUACAGCGCGACCGACGGCGCCUGCGAGUGCCCCGCGCCCUACGAGCUCGCCGGCGUCGAAUCCGUCGGCGCCCAGACCUGCGUCGACGCGGCCCAGCUCGGGCUGACCUACGCGGCGUACCCCGAGGCCGCCGCGGUCCGCGUGCCCUACCGCAACGUCCAGUCCAAGCCCAACGGCGACGCCGACGGCGUCGCGACCGUCGCGUCCGAGACCUUCCGCCACUACUACGGCGCCGCGGCCGCCGGGUGCCUCUACUACGACGGCACGGCCGCGGCCGCGCGGAAGUGCCAGGCGCUCGCGAACCUCUGCGCUUUGACGCAGUACGACCUCGGCUCGACGCCCUGCCGCUUGUACGACGACCUCGCGUCGCUGCGGGCGACGCGCAACACCUGGGGCGCCAAGGACCACCUGCCCUGGCUCUUCUACGACCGCGACGGCGACGCGGUGCGCUCCGACGGCGCGCUCCAGAUGGAGAUGGCCUUCACGUCCAAGGACCGCGGCCGCGACCACAAGCUGCGGUUCCGCCUGGCCAAGUACGCCCUCGGCGGCGACUUCCUCGGCUACGAGGAGCUGAACACGCAGCUCUUCUACUGCGAGGCGCCCGCGCCGAGCACGGGCUCCGGCGGCGGCGCGGCCAAGGACACGAGCUGGGUCCGCUACGGCUACUCCCUGCGGGACCACUUCACCUGCGACCUCCGGUCGCUCUGGGCCCGGGAGCAGGUCCUCUACGACCUCUACCUCGUGGACACGGAGGGCCUCUGCGAUGGCGCGGAGGCCGCCGCGGUGGCGGACGACGGCGCGGAGCGGACGGAGUGCCUCUACCCCGUGCCCGUGUUGAACAAGGGCCUGAAGAACCGCGACGGCAAGGGCGUGAACAAGAACGGCAAGACCGAGGACGGCGACGACGACAUCUUCGUGCGGCGCUUCGCGCUCUUCGACGUCGCUUCCGGCGUCGACGACGAGGCCGAGGUCUACGGGUCGCCCGCGAUGACGCGCUUUCUCGUCGAGGCGAAGCUCCACGUCAUCGGCAAGACGAAGAACCCGGAGCGCUUCUUCGUGCCCUACCUCGAGCUCAAGUACCGCGAGCGGUCGCGCGCGGACAUCCUGGGCAGCGAGGGCAUGCGCGAGACCGAGGUCGACGUCGAGGUCGAGUACUCGAAGAGCUCGCGGCCCUUCUGGCGCGUCGCCGACGGUUUUGCGUAUUUUCUGCUGGCCGUCGUGGGCCUGACCUGGCUCCACGCGUGCCGCCACUGGCAGCUCCGGCACUACGCGGUCGACUCGGCGAACCUGCCGACGGGCGGCUUCACGGUCGCGUACCUCGUCAACGUCAUCGUGCUUUUGGGGCGCAUCGGCGUGCACAUCUUUUUUCCCUUCGUGUUCAUCCUGUGCUCCUAUUAUUUCGUGUUCUUCAAGCUCCAGGAGGCCGCGUACACGCUGCUGCCCGCGGAGAACCGCCACGACGGCAAGGACUUCGAGUACUACCCCGUGCGCACGGCGAUCAUCUCCAUGUGGGCCUUCCAGACGGCCGUCGUGCUGCAGAUCGUCGUGCGCAUGUGCCAGAUGGAGAUUUUCUUCGUGGACUGGGAGCCGCCGCGGAAGCCCGACGUCGGGAAAGCGGCGCCCGUGUCCGUCUGGCGGACCAUCUUCGUCGCGAACGAGUUCUCGGAGAUGAUGACGGCGCGGCGCACGUCGACGCACUUCGUGCUCUUCUGCCUGGGCUUCUUCCUCGUCGCCAUGGGCCUCGAGAACAACGCGACGCCGCAGCCGGAUCUGGGGGAUUUGACCGCGGGCCACCGGAACAUCGCCCUGCGCUUCGCGAACACGACGUGGUGGUGGCUCAUCCUCGCCUUCGGCCAGUGGCUCUGGAACUUCUACGUCUACGAGCGCUUCAUCUCGGAGCCCGUCGCGCAGUCGUUCGUCGACGUCUGCACCGUCGCGAAAGUCUCCGUCGUCGUCUUCGACAGCGAGUACCACGGCUGGUACAUCCACGGCGACGCGUCCUACGAGCACGCCGACGACACCAUGGCGGCGCUCACGGACCACCUGCUCCACGAGGCGUCCGCGGGCCACGCGCAGCGCGGCCUCGAGCCGACGCUGCCGAACGUGACCGUGUUCCAGAUGUGGCUCACGCCCCAGUUCCGCCGCGCGUGGCGGUCCGUGCAGCACAAGGUGAGGCAGUCGGCCCUGGACGUCUUCGACCCGGAGGAGGAGCGCCGCGACCGCGAGGCCGAGCGUGCCGCGGCGCGCGCGGACGCGCGGGACCCGUCGCGGCCCGCGCGGCGGAGCCGGCGGCGGUCCGCCGCGGUCCGCGCGUCGCUGCCGCCGCCGGCGCUCGGCGAGGCGAAGCUCGGGAGCCGCAGCCUCUUCGGCGGCGGGCGGUCGGAGUCGCUCGCGAGCCGCAUGCGCAAGUCGCACGCGGCGGAGAAGAUCGCCGUGUUCCUCAAGACGUUCCUCGGCCACGGCUACAAGGACAAGUUCGCGCUCGACUGGGUCGCCAAGGAGACGAACCUCCUGGAGCGGCUCACCUACGCGACGCCCCAGCGGACGACGCCCCACGUCAUCCUCCAGCCCGACCGCACGUGGUUCCUCGGCGACGACUCGUGGACCGCGAUCACGUUCCUCGGCCACGACUGGGAGAUCCUCAUGCAGGAGAUCCUCACCUUCGCCGUCGCCGACAUCUGGUUCCGCUCCACGUCCCUCUCCAUCUUCCUCACCUUCCUCCUCCACCACGCCAUCCGCCUCCUCUGCGCGUCCUACUGCGAGGCCAACAUCGCCGACUCGUCCUACCGGGACGAGUUCGUCAUGUCGUGGAGCCCGAAGUUGAACGUGAUCACGUCCCACUUCACGGGCACCAUGGCCUGCGUCACGAGCCAGCGGUCGAGGCACGCGACGCCCGUCGCCGCGUCGCCGGCGCCGCCGUCGGACACGUCCCAGGGCCCGUGCUGGACCUGCGCGACGUCGAAGAGCAAGGCUUCGACGUUCUUCGUCGCGAGCGUCGAGGCGCAGCAAGCUCUUGACGGCGAGGCCUUCGACGAAGAGGUGCCGAAGCUGCCGCUGUACAUAGCCUUCGGCCUGAUCUUUGGCGUCGCGCCCAUGCUGCCGCACUCCUACAACAAGGACCUCGUCUGGCUCGUGUCGACGAUCUACAAACGCGUCGGCCCGGGCGGCCUCUUGGCGAUCCCCUUUUGCACGCUGACGAUGGAGAAGGUCGCCUACGACACGUACACGGCCUACUGGGGGAAGAGCAUCUACGAGGACGCGGCGGCCGCGGCGAAGAAGCCCGUGCCGCAGUUCCCGUCGGGCGGGAGCCAGCUGCCGAGCUUCUCCGUCAUCGAGACGCGCAAGUUCUCUUCGGACCACGUCGUCUUCCGCAGCGCCUACGUCGAGGCCGCGCGCGCGUGCCUCUCCUCCUCCCUAUUCCCGGGAAGCGCGGCGCCCCUCGCGCGGCGAGAGACGAAGCAGUAA